CAACACAGCAGUGGUGGUGGCACACCCAGUGCAAUUUGAACACAGCCGUAGCACAACCACGAGCGGAGCUGGUGAAAGCUGGGAAGACCAUGCAGCUUCGAAGAAAUACAGUCGUAGCUGCCGUGCGACUCGUGCAGCCGCUCGUCAAGGCGAGCAACGCCCGAGGAUUUGCGAGCUGUCCCCUGCGGGUGCACAACAGCGGAACAUCUCCCAAAGCGUCGGCGUCUUGUCCGGCCGUGCAGAAGUUGUUGCCGAGGGCACCGUGUAGACAGGUCACCUCCACGACGACUACCCAACAGAGACAGGUUGCGGAGGUCGAUGAUCGUGGGCAAGUCUCCGACGAACCGCCAGCGAGGAACGCGAUAAAUAAUCACGAGCUGCACGAGAAGUGGGGCUGGAAGACCUCUGACCCUCUCUACUGGCCCUGCAAGAUCAUGGGCGUCUUCUCGACCAAGAACACGAACGCCCUGUCCUCCGCGCGGAUGCUGCAGACCUGCCUCAACAACGCAGAGUGCACGGAGUGGUAUUCGGAUGGAAAGAUCAGCAACGAGUUCCUCCCAAAGCUUUUGUGGCUCAGCACCAACGUGUGGCUCAUGUCCCGCCGACUACUCCGAGAGGGGGAACGGGGAAAGAAGGUCCAGGAGCUGCUGUUCGACGAGCUGUGGCGCGAGACAAAGCGGCAGAUGCGCUCCAUCGAGGUAUCCGAAAUGAUGCUCAAGAAGUAUCUCGCUGAAGCUCAGCAGCACACGUUCAUCACCCUUGUGCAGUAUGACCAUGCUUACACCCUCGAGUCUCGCGAGGAGCGUAUGGACGUCCUCACGAGCGCCCUGUGGAGAGGUGUCUACAUGAGCGACGAGAGCAUCAAGGAGCCGCAUGUUCGGGUGCUUGCGGAGUACGUCGACGCGGAACUCGCCGACAUUUAUGCGGUAGAUGUGUGGGAAUUCUUCGCUGUGUGCAUUGAGUUUGCCCCGCCCCCUACGGCGGAGCUGAAGGCCGCCAGCAAGAAGGCGGCGAAAGGAGGCAGAGGAAAGCGUUCGUCGAGAAAGGGCAUAGUGGCGGCAGCACCAGGACUAGAGGGGGAUGCCGCCGAUUCAACGACCGGGGGCAGGAGUGGAGGCAUCGGGGAGAAGGUCCUCCACGGAGACUUCGGCAGCGGAGGCGGGAGGGAGGGGAGAUGGCGCGCUUGCUUGGCGGAGAGCGGAAAGGUGUACUACUGGCACACGGUUUCCAGGGAGGUGACGUGGGAUAGACCACCCGGCGCCGAAGCGUAUGUACCGAGCGUCAUGCCCAAGACGGACCAGACACUCACGGCGGCAGCUUGAAAUGACUGCUGUAGUGCCAGCGCGGGCUGCUCACUCUCGAUGGCUCCUGGUGCCUGGAGCAAAAGUACGUGUGCGCUGGGCCCGUGGAUUUUAGUUCCUCCUUGUCCCAGCUCCGUGCUUGUGGGCGCAGACGCACGCCGAUCCAAGGAUGUCGCCUGUUUUUCGAGCCCCUCUCUGUUCAUCCGUGCGAGGCUACUUUAUCUAGAUCUGGUGUUCAGCUCCUGCUUUUGGUCUCCCGUAAAGCGACUUCGAUAUCUGAAAUAUGGAUAUUCGUACCCCGUUGGUGUCGCUGGUUGGUUGAGUAAUAGAAUCGUUUUUUGGUCGUUGGGGAGGCGGCGGGGGCACUCGGACGAUGCCCAAAAUCAGGAAAGGCAUGUAAAAAACGAACCGAUACGAGGGGCGUAAAACAAACACACACACCGAGGGGACUCACGUUUGUACAACGUGUGCAGCGGAGAGGCCCUCUUCGAAGGCGUUGUUUUCUUUAAAUGGACGGUGUGUUUUCUAGGUACCCUCGACUUUUUUUGCGUAUUUUGCCCACGCCAGUCCUCUCUCGAGAUGACGGGAAAGCCUGUGCUGUUCGCAACUUGUGCCUCGAUCUUUGUCGACCUCUCAACUGAAACAUCCAGGCCCAUUCACGGUGGACGUGACUUCGGUUCAGAAGCUUUGCGAUCCUGAGCACUGCGUUUGUGGUGUUUUGCGGUCGAGACGCAAAGUGUGUCGUUCUAGCAUCCCCGAAAGCUCAACAGAUCCUUAGACCACUAUUCCCGCAAGAGGUUCGAUUCAUGCACUGCAUCAUGAUAAGAUGCAGCAGCACGCGGCUUCGGGCGGCCUAUCCCAUGUCUUGUGCGAAUCGGGCUCCGUUUGUAUCUGAGUUCGCGGCACGGGGCGGGAAAUGGAGGGACGCACAAAAGACGAAUGCACCCAGAAUUGCGUGUUUUUGUUUGAAGCUUCGGAUAGAUGAGUACUGCGCUCGAGUUGACAACUAGGUUUCAGUAUGGAUGACGCGGAAGGGAGACGCUCGCUACAAAA